AGCACUAUGAUUUUUAGAACACUAGGCAAUAUAAUGUCACUAAAAUUCCGUACCUCUAAUAUUGUUCUCCCUGUUUCUGUGUUGAACUAAUUUGGUGACAGAACCAAUGACAAAAAAAACCAAUCACACUUGAUGAUUCUUACUGGAGAUGUGAUAUAAUAUAUCUAUCAUUUAACGACACGUGUCACUGCACAAGUAUCUGUAAAAUACUACUAUAAACAAAAUGAACAUCAUGUCCACCUCCAGGCGCUAUAAAUUCCAAGCUCCCGAUCUUUCCUCUACAACAUAUGCUCGUUGAGAGCAACAAGAUAGUUUCACUGCUGAGACUUGAGAGAAUAUUAUACUACCACACCUGAGCUUAGAAACUUGCCUUCUCCUCACAUUUUCAUUUUUUGAUAUUCAAGAAAUCUUACGUUAUUUCCAUUUCUUAAUAAAUUAGAGAUCGACAGGGAAGAGACAGUGCUCCGGGACACAAGCCACUUCAAGGGUGAAGUUUUUAUAAGAAUGAAGCCAUGCAUGACGAAUCUAAGACAAAUGAUUCAACCAAUGUUGAAUUUCCAAGGGAUAUCCGCCGGUUUAAACAUGGUCGACGUUCCGUUUUUCCGGCCCAAAGACAAGGUUGUUUUCGUCAUGGGAGCCACCGGAACCGGCAAAUCUCGUCUUGCCAUCGACCUUGCAACUCGUUUUCCGGCCGAGAUCGUAAACUCUGACAAGAUCCAAGUCUAUAAAGGUCUAGACAUCGUCACCAACAAAGUCACUCCAGAGGAAAGCCUUGGCGUUCCUCACCACCUCCUCGGCACCGUGGAAAACACUCAUGAGGAUUUCACGGCGGAGGAUUACCAGCGUGAAGCACUCAGAGCAGUUAAGUCAAUCGUAGAGAGAGACCGUGUCCCGAUCAUAGCCGGCGGUUCUAAUUCUUACAUCGAGGCAUUGGUCAACAAUUGCGUUGACUUCCGGUUAAGGUACAAAUGUUGCUUCUUGUGGGUUGAUGUUGACAGACCGGUUUUGAACUCGUUUGUCUCGGACCGGGUAGAUAAGAUGGUCGAGAUGGGACUCGUCGACGAGGUUCGCCGCAUCUUCGAUCCCUCUUCAUCAGAUUACUCCUCUGGAAUACGCCGUGCGAUCGCAGUUCCAGAGCUGGACGAGUUUCUCCGAGCGGAGAAGCGUGAUUAUCCGGCGGAGGUGACGGGGAAGCUUCUUGAGACGGCGAUCAAGAAAAUCAAGGAGAACAACUGUUUGCUUGCAUGUCGGCAAUAUCAGAAGAUUAAGAGGCUUUACAAGCAGUGGAAGUGGAACAUGCACCGUGUGGAUGCGACGGAGGUUUUCCUCCGGCGAGGAGAAGAAGCCGACGAGGCUUGGGAGAGCAUGGUGGCUCGACCUAGCGCACUCGCCGUCGACAGGUUUCUUAAUUACAGCGACGAUCACCAUUUGGAAGGGGCCGAUAUUCUACUACCGGAGAUCUCCGCCGUUCCGCCGCUUCCAGCCGCCGUGGCAGCGAUUUCGCGGUAAAAAAAUAUAGGCUUCGAAUGGAACGCAGAUCAAAUAAACGCAGAUCAAACACAAAAUGCAGAUCAUGCAGAACAAAUGCAGAUCAUGCAGAUCAAGCAGAACAAAUGCAGAUCAAACUAAUUUAAUAAAGAGAAAAAGACUAGGAUAACACCAAACCAAGUUUUUGUUCCCAAAGUAGCACUCAAGGCUCAAAUUCACAAA